GCAUCGUCGAUUCGUGCAAGUUAGUGCGGCUCUACGUAUUUGUUUCUAAAAAAAUAGAAAUGUCUACUAAAAGUACCGAAGUUGCUAUUCGCGAGUUAACUAAAACAGUGCUUUCACUACAGAGUAAAGUUUUAUCACUCGAGAAAGUUAUUAUUGACCAAUACAAGCUAAUUAAAAAUCUAAUCGGUGAUGAAAAAGUUUCGUCGAAAUCUAUUAUUAGUGAUGGUGAGGGUAGCUCGACAUCGGAGACUGGGCUACGACCAAUCCGUGAAGCUCGUAUUCGUGCGUCAUCAGCAAUUGCAGGUGCUACAAAAAAGGCAACAAUGCGAAACAAUACGGAUCGGGCAACGACGUCAACAGGUGGACCUCCUACUCCGUGUGCCCCAUCGACGCCCGAUAAUAACCACGAAGCUAUAGUUACGUUGACGAGUGACACUGGGGCUGAGGCAACGGACAGCGCGCGAGAAUGGAUCGAGAUAAAACGACCGCGUACUCGACGCUCGCUCGUCAACGUUACUCGUGGUACGGCCAUCCCUACUGACAAUAAUAUUACUUUGUCGGCUGCACAGCGGAAGUCAUAUUUACAUUUAUAUUAUGUGAAAAUCGGCACUACAGUUGAACAGGUUAAUGAAUAUCUCCGAACCAUUUGCCCGGGAGAUAACUGUUCUGCCGAAGCGCUGAAGUCGCGAGGAGAUUAUGCGUCAUUUAAGUUAUCUGUGCCUACAAAACAUCUAGAUAAGUACCUAGCAUCUGAAAAUUGGAUAGAGGAUGUCUACAUCAGACCUUGGCGUAGUGGAUUUCGCAAGAAAAUCGAUGAUACCGCCCAAGUAUAAACACCACAAAAUUGUUUAUCAAAAUGUUAGAGGACUACGUUCUAAAUUACAUACUUGUAAGUUAUCAAUACUCAGUGAAUCAGCUGACAUAUAUGCGUUAAC